CUCCGCACGACACCCCGCCUUGGCGUCUACAUUCUUCCACCAGUAAGAUCAAAUAGGGGCAGGUAUACCGAGCCCAGAGAACCAGGAAACGGGGUAUCUUGUUUUCACGCAGCAAUAAUGGCUCUCGCUUCGUACGCCCAAGAGCUCUCCGCCUCGCUGGCAAAGGCCGGCCUCGUGCCGGGCUCAGCGCCACUCAUCCCGGAUAAUUUCACGCCUACCGUGCAAUUGAAAGUCAACUUCGGGGAAAAGGCUGUUGAAUUGGGGAACUUGUUUCGAGCGAGCGAGUGUAAGGUGGCGCCGAGCGUGGAGUUUACGCCCGAGGAGAAUGUCGACCCUUCAACACGAUACAUGCUCUUCCUGAUCGACCCUGAUGCACCGACGCCCGACGACCCGAAGUUCGCAUACUGGAGACACUGGGUUGUUUCGGGACUGGCACCUGGACAGGGAAUAGAUUCCGGAAUGAACCUGACAGAGUACUUGGGACCCGGACCAAAGGAUGAUUCUAAACCUCAUCGGUAUCUAUACCUCCUAUUCCGAGAGCCUGCCGGCUUGAGUCUUGAUAAGGAAGACGUUGGGGGGGAGGAAUUUGUUGAGCGGCGUUCGUUCAAAGCGGCUGAGUUCGUGGAUAAGUUUAAGUUGGUGCUGGUGGGCAUCAAUUGGAUGCUAGGGGCUGGGGAUGGUUGGACUGCUUAGAUAUGGCUUAGAUUUUACUCUUUGAGUUACGUUGUAUAAAGUGAUUUUAUUCAG